CAUAGAUGGGCCAAUAGCGAAAAGAUUAAGGAGCAUUAGAUCAAUGAAGGUUUUUAAGAAAGAUUCUGAGUGAUGAAGCUGGUAUUGUUUACUUUCAAGUCGAUCUAAUACUAACGGUACAAGAGUAUUACCCUGAAAUUCUUCUCUUUCAUUUCUUUUCGUUCACGAUAUUACCCUCUGUAACUCAUAGAAUCAUGGAUGUGGCUGCAGACCAGGCGGCUUCGGCCAGCCAAGCUGUCAGUGGCUCGAACGCGGCUGACUUCGCAAGUUUGAUUAUGGACAAUCCCGACGGCGAUGUUUUUAAAACUGAGUUGAGCCUGAAGGCUAUGUUGUCAAAGCAGGAGGAGAUUGCUGAUGAAAUUGCCCAAAAAUCUGCGAUGGUUGGCGAUGCGGAGCCGGUUACGCAUCUGAAGAAAGAGUAUCACGAGCGCGACAAAAAAGUUCCCGCGAGAAUCGAUGCUCUGGCCUCUACGUAUGAAAGCAUGCGGAUGAUUCGACCGGAUGGCAACGCCUUUUACCGCGCGUUCGCAUUUGCAUACUUCGAGAGCUUGCUGGAUGACAUCGAUGAGUUAAUGAAUGCGCAAGAUAUAAUCAGAAGAGCUCGGGAAGAUUUGAUCGCUCUUGGCUACCCGUUGUUUUCCUUUGAGAUUUUCUACGACGUUGUUUACCAUGUCUUGAAAUCGCUUCGGCAUGGCAUCACCAGGGAUGACUUGCUCGCGUUCUUCAAUCAUCCACUCGUUCACUCGGUUGUUGCUUUCUUGAGGCUUGUGACUUCGGCGCAUCUCAAGCUAGAUUCUGAAUAUUACAUGAAGUUCUACCAUUGGAGCAAGAAGGACUUGGAAGCUUUUUGUGCGAAAGAAGUCGAGCCCAUGAAUAUUGAAGCAGAAGACAUUCAAAUGACAGCUCUUGCGGCGCGUUUCGGAAUUGCGACGCGAGUGGAGUACGUGGAACCGACAGAAGUCACUGAGCGUACCUGGGGUAAGCCGAUCACUCGAGUGCGAGUCAAUAAGGAUUACUUGGAAGGUUGGGACCCCCGAAUUUACAUGAUUUCCCGUCCUGGGCAGUUCGAUAUCCUCUACAAAAUCGGUCGUUCUCCGAGUAGCCGCCGUCACGGCCGUUGUAAGAUAGUGCUAGUAAGGUUUUUUGGAACGUUGAACGGUAGUGAGAGGAAAGCGGGGCACAUGGAGUACAACGGUUCGGCAAAGCGUCAGCUGGACUCUGAUGAGACAAGCAAUGACAAAGAAAAUGCAGCUGCCAACUUCGAAACAACUCCGAAAAAGUCAUUGGUGACGAAAAUUGCGGACAGGGUCAAUAUUACCAGUGACGCAAUUUUUGGUAUUUCGUCAUCUCCACCGAGAUUUGUUUCCUUGGAAGAAAUAAUCAAAGCGACCAAGGGAGUGGAAAAUAUGGCAUUGGCGCAUGAAAUUGCGGUCGACCAGAACUUCAAGCUGGAAGAAAAAGCCAACCCAAGUUCUCCUUUGGAAGACAAAGUAAAGCAGAUGAUGAACAAGGCUUUCUUCGAUGUUCUGCGAAGCAAACUGAACGAAUCUCCUCCAGACUUCACAAUGGCACUGGAUUUAUUGCGGGAAAUCAAGGAAGACCUUCAUGCUUGCUUAAUGCCGCACAACACUCGAACGAAAGAGGAGAUCGAUACUAAAAUGGACAGUCAACUGUUGAAACAGCAAGCAGACGCAGGACAGUUGGAAAUAAUGCCUUAUUUACAAUAUUGUGUGUCCAUCAUGGCGAAAAUUUGUUGCCGAGUUCGAGAUGACGCUAUCAUGGAAAUGACCAGGAUGACUGACAUCCCUGAUUUAUUCAGGAAUGUGCUUGAGACGUUGAAAUCCAUGAAAUUGGACCUGGCAAAUUUCACCAUCAGCGCUAUUCGACCGCAUCUCCAAGCACAAAGCGUCGAAUAUGAACGGAAAAAAUUCUCCGAGUUUCUGAAAGCGUGUCCAAGUGGACUGGAGAAUACAACGAAUUGGCUGAAAAAGCAUUGUGACGAGAUGCGGAAGUCGGAGAGUCUUCCAAAUUUUGCGGAUGCGACGCAGAGGAAAAUUUUGAUAGCGAGAAUCAUAACUUCGGCAUAUCUGGAGUUGUUGACAUGGACCAGUUCUGAUUCAUACCCGGAGACUUGUUCUCUGGAUUUCGCUCGAUUCAUUAGCCUUGGAGAGAUGCUGCAAAGCGUGUCUCUCUUGGGAACAGUGAUGCUGAUCACUAUGAUGAAUGCAGGACAAAUUCCUCAAGGUUUGCCAGGAUUCAGAGAAACUUUGAAGAAGAAGCUGAAGAUUCUUCUUGAGGAUGAAAGCGCAGAGAAAACGGAAUUGGAAGAGAAGUUGAGAGGUGCUGGUGAAGUUAUUGCCAAAGACAUCGAUGAAGCUUUGGUUGCCCAUUCCCCAUUGGGAGUCGUCGGUGAUGUUCGGCUUUCUGUGGAAGUCAAAGCUUCAUUGAUCGAUCAAAUUGCGAGCGCUGCUGAUCCGAACCAUAAUAUCCGGAAACUUGUCGAGCAACGGAUUCGAGGCUUCCUCGAAAUUAUUAUAAACUCGGCCACAGCGAGCCCCACAAAAUUUCCCCCUGGCCUAACAUCAGUGCAUGAAGAGUUGAAGGAGUUGGCGGCAAUGUUUCUGCAGCUUACUGUACACAACAGACGUGUCUUCAUGUCUUAUUACGCCGACAUCAUCAACAAAGAAUUUGGCAUUGCACCAUUUGGGCAGGAGUGAAUCUGUUGUAAUUAUCGUGAGGUCACUUGGAGUGAUGAAGCUAUUACUGGACACGUGUGGAUGCCGGUGAAAGACUCUUGUGUUUAGUUUUGCGUACGGCCAUGAUGGAGAAGUUUUCGUCAAAUUUUGGAUAUUCUCAAGUAGAAUUGUGAAAGGAGCGCCGAUAUCUUGUUUCCUUUUUUGGUGGAAUGGAUGUCAUUGAAUAAGUGCCGUGUUGGAGGAACCCACUUUCUGAUUCGACUCUUGGUCCUCAUAAGUGCGAGUCUUCUUUUUUUCAGUAGCUUACCAUUUUCGAUUGUAGCUUCGUUUCUUUGAGUGACCUGAUUGAUUGCGGUGGAGUCAGGUGGUUAAGCCCUGCUGGGUCAAUGAUCGUUACAACGUUGACUUAGCAGCUACGCCUCUUGCUCAUGUGUGAUUGAUUUGAUAUUUGUCAUCAGCAUCUCUCACCUCGUAUAUGUUUUAACAAUGCGGAUACUAUUUUGUGAUCAAAUGUGGAAAUUGAAUUAGUCGUCCGUGAGAAGUACUGUACUGCAGAAUGUUCGUGAAAUCUUCGGAAAUCGCAAUGUUGUGUGUAGAAACGGGAAUGGAAGUAAUGAUUAAAACUAACCGACGAGUUCCUUCG